AUGUCGGACUCGGCUCUGCCUCCAAAAUACGCGAAAAGGCGUGCACCAGUCGUCCGCGAUGAAGACAUCAAAGCCGCUAAACGACGCCGAGUCGCGGAGGAUUCGGACGAUGGCAUGGAUGUCGAUCCCGAAGACGCGUCAGGAGUUCAAGAUGCGCGAUCACAAGACACUGCGGGGUCCCCGCUCAAGCUCAAGACCUACAGGAAAGAGGUGCUCCAGAGUGCCCUUACCCAGAACACCAUCGCCCUCCUGCCAUCGCCAAAACAGACACCGAAACUACUCAAGCGCUUCCUUCGCCAUUUGUUAGUAGAUGAAUCAAGCUCCAAUUCCGCUGGCCAUGUUCAGCAGGACAGGUGCAUCAUCUUCCUGGUGAAGGAUGGUGGUGACAAUCCUGGGGAUGCAUACGGACUCGCAGAAGUCGUAUCUCAAAUCGAAGAACCUACCACAAUUCUUCCGUUGACGCCGCAGAAUUUCCUAGACGAGCUUUCCUCCAGCGCAUUUGCGAUCACCCAAGCCCAAGCAAUUAUCAUCCCUGAGCCGCAAACCUUCAAUCACGAAGCGACGCAAGCAUUGGAAGAGAUCAUCGACGACUUUUACCGCCCGUCUGCGCCUUCCCUCCGACCCCUCAUCCUAGCCACCGUCGUACGAACGUCUCGACCCUGGCUCUCCUUUGACCAGCAAAUCAUCGCCCUCGAGCACCUGCUAGAGUGCAAGACCCACGGGUUCACUGAUAACCUGCGCCAAGCGGUCGUUCCAAAUCAUCCGGUCACCGAAGUCGUGUAUUAUGAACCUGCGCCCCAGCCUCCUGAUACCCCGCUCAUCACGAAGUUGCGCGAGGCAUGUAGCCCAGCGCCGACUUUGUGUGAGCCGUAUAUCAGACGGGCGCGGAGGAUCUUGCGCGACCUAGGACCUGCGGCGGCGAAUUACUAUUUAUUGCAAGCCAAGGAUGAUUUGAAAUUGGCCGUAAUCGAAGACGCACCUUCAAAGACCGCAAGAGAGCAAGCGGUGAAGCUCCUCACAAACGAAGCAAGGCCCAAUCUACGGGCUUCAGGCCAAUUAACAUCCAAGAUUCAGCAAUUCUUAGACGUCGUUCGAACUGAAUACGAACAAGGCACUGACCAUUUUCGUGGUCUUGCGUUUGUCUGCUCUGAUCACGUGGCCCAUCUCAUUGCCUACAUCGCGAAUGAAAUGUAUCAUGCGCUGCAGGCAAGAGUUAUCACAGGCAAUGUCGACCGAACUACACUGGUCUCUAUUUUCCGUGAUUACGACAUGGGCAAGACCAAGCUCCUCAUCGCCACGGAAUCGGCGAUGGAUAUGGACUUCACGAGGGCUUCGCUUGUCGUUCAGCUCGAUCUGUUCGACAGCUACGCCUCAUAUGCGUACUCGAUGGCACACUCUAGCAAGCGCCUAGUUCUGCUCGCCGCGCAAGGAAAGCCUAUACAUCGUCGAACCGUCGAGGGCCUUAUGCAGCAGGAAGAUGCUUUAUCGAAGUGGGCCAAGACGCUGACGACAAAGAGCAUUCUAAUACCACCGAUAUCUUCACUGCUCGAGGAACCAUCGAAGACGCGGCGUGUACUAGAGAAUGAGGAGGCGGAAAAGGAUAGCGUCCUCACAUGCGCUGCGACAGGCGGGUACAUGAAUCCUCACGACGUGGUCAAGGCUGUCUGUGCCUACGCAGCUACGCUCCACGUCGCCCAUAACUUCACUGUCCUGGAAACUCACCGCACUCGUCAAACCGAGCGUGUGGGCUUCAUUUGCACGGUCCAUCUACCUGGUAGCCCGGCUUCAGAGGUCGAAGGCCCUGUCGCGCCAUCGCGUUGGGAAGCACGCCGCGCCGCCUGCGCACUCGCAUGCACCGUACUCUACAAACACAGUGUGAUCGACAGCCGCUACUUCCGCCACCACCGGAUCCCUGGCGAAGGUGCACUCACUUACAGCAAGCCCACAGGCGGUGCCCCCGGGACAACGUUUGCGCGGCGCAAAGCAGCAUUCUGGAAAAUUAGCGCUCGUACGCCACAAAAGGAGGGCGUUUAUCCUAUCGUCAUCGAAUGCGUCGAGCGCGACGGGCCGGAGCGGUAUCGCCCACUGUUGCUGUUGACGCGGCACCCCCUGCCGGAUUUGCCUACAAUCCGUGUGUACGAAGUGCCCAAUGUGCGGGAGGUGCGUGUGCGGCGAGCCAAGCCGCUGGAUUUGGACGACGCGCAACAGGAUCUGUUGGCGCGAUAUACGGAGCGUAUCGUGCGCGCAGUAUUGAACAAGGAGCUUACGUGCGCCUCGGGGGAUAUGCUAUGGACUGUGGCUCCGCUGCAGGCGGGGUGGCGACUGCCAAGCGGGGAGUCAUCCUUCGAUGUUUCGAGUGGCAUUGACUGGGCUGGGAUGGAGGCGAGUGUGGCGGAGCUGUACGUGCCCAUCAAGCGGGGAUCGCCGGACGAGCUAGCAACUCAUAUGGAGGACGGCGUCGUGCAAGGGCGUCGGUCCGAGAUGACGCGUCGCUACUUUUUCAUGGGUGUUCGGAGAGACCUUACACCGUUGAGUAAGCCUGCGGACAGUCCGCGCGAGGCGCUCUACGAGAAUAUCUUUGAGUUCGCUAGAUCCGCGAGUCGGGAUUUGAAGACCCUCGAGGACUUCAAUCAGCCUCUUAUCGAAGUGGAGCGUAUCCCCCAAGCACACAAUUGCUUGACGCUCAUGCAAGGACCGCCUGACAAGGGCGACGUGCCAGCGAAGUACAUGAUACCGGAACUGUGCUUCAAGAUAACCAUCCCUGCAAGCGUUAUGCGAACAGCGCUGCUUUUACCGUCUGUAUUGACCCGAAUCGACGAAAUCUUCCUCGUCAAGGAGCUAAACGCUAUCCACUUCAACCACAUCAUCGCCGAAGACCUCCUGCACGCUGCGCUUACGACGCCGUCCGCGGGCUUUGACCGCAACUAUGAGCGCCUCGAACUCUACGGCGAUGCCUUCCUGAAAUAUCUCGCCUCCCUGCAUCUCUUCGUGAUGAGCCACCACAACGACAGUGAAGGGAAGCUGCACGCGGCGCGGCGCCCACUCAUCAGCAAUCAGAAGCUUAUGGAGUGCUCCCUUGCGCUGGGGCUUCCCUCGUUCGUUAUUGGCAAGCCGUUCGUCAUUAGGUUCUGGGGACCGGCGAACUUCCGAAUGAAUCCCCCAGGGGGGUCGGCGGAGAAAGGCAAGGAGAAGGAACAGGGAAAGGUCGCAGAGACUCCUCCGCCGGCGAGUGACGCCGUGGGCGCCAAUCAGGGCGAGGGUGGCGGCGGAAAGAAGCGUAGGAAGAAAAAGAAGGGCGAGCCCAAUGACGGGCAGAUCCAGCAGAUGCUAAGCGACAAGGCGCUGGCCGAUGUCGUGGAAGCCAUCCUAGGCGCCGCACACCUAAGCGCCGGGCGCGACGGGGGUCUGCAAGUGGCGAAGGCGCUAGGGCUUCCAGUAGCAAAGAAUGCCGACAUCUGGGACGAUUUCAAGGCUCAAGUGUCUAUGCACGCGACUCCGUCUGCCGUGUCUUUCCUACGCCCAGGGACCAUCGACGGCGUGCAAUCUGUGAUCGGCCAGAAGCUGAACAAGCCAGAGCUUUUGGCGCUUGCUCUGACCCACGCAAAUAAUUCGAGCCCGUUGGGUAAUUAUGAACGGAUCGAAUUCCUCGGUGACGCAUUACUGGACUUCCAGGUGGUCGAGUAUGUGUAUCGCAAAUACACCCAACAGCCUCCUAGCGUUCUGACGUUACUCAAGAGCGCUAUGGUGGGCAAUUCGCCUUUAGCCGCCAUUUGUGCAGAAUCGGGCCUGUACAGGCACUUGCACCAGAAAUCGCAUCAGAUACAACAAAGCAUCAACACCUAUCUCACUGCGCUUCAGAAGGCCAAGCAGAAGGAAUACGCAGCAGCCGAUGAUGACCUCCGAGAGCGCGGUCAGUAUUGGUUCGACGUGAAUCCGCCGAAAGCUCUUUCCGACAUCGUGGAGUCCAUCGUAGGGGCGAUCUACAUUUCCGACGAUCUCGAAUGGACAGGCGUGCAGCAGCUCUUCAAGCAUUUUCUGCAGCCAUUUUACGAGAAACACAUACGCAUGAAUACGCUUGCCGUACACCCAACCAAGAUCUUACUCGAAUUGGUUCAGAGUCAAUGUUGCCACAAGCUGGAACUUGUCAAGAGCGCUUCAGCCGGUCAGACGCAAUGCAACGUCCUUUUGCAUGGUGCUGUGAUCGCCAGCAAGACAGCGGUCAACGGCGUUCUGGCAGCGAGGGGGGCGUCAUCGAUUGCCCUCAACAAGUUGGAUAGAGACCCCGGUUUGGUCGCGAGGACGUGCACCUGUCGUACAGCAGGAAUGGGAAAAGCGGAGAGGGAUGUCGAUCAAUUCUUGUCCGAAUUCAAAGCCUGACGGCGGUUCAACGGCGCGAGAUCGGGCGAUGGAGCAUACGACAGCAUUUCCAAGUGCAGAGUGUAUGAUAUAUUGCGAUCUAUGCAGGAUACGGACAAUGCGAAGCAAGAGGAAGGCAGAUCUACUGCGCCUUAUACCUACGGGAGAAACCGGGUGAGUAUACGACGAGCUCGAUCUCGCGCGCACAACCACGUACCUCUGCCAUGCAGCAGCAAUGAAGGGGAGUCCAAAGCCGAGACUCAUGAAGAGACCGAGCUUGGUCCCAAACG